AUGUCGUUUCACACUGCUGCUAUAUAUUCUUCUCAGUUGAUUUGUAGUAGUAUCUCCUCUUCAACUAAAUCUCAUCCUUUCUUUCUCUCACAAAUGGAGAUGAAAAAAGCAGAGAAUGUCAAAAACAACAUCAAUGACCCUCUUGCUCUUUCACUCUCAGUUGAACCUGUACACACUACUCCCACAUACAUGAACCCAUUUCAUGUUUCACUUUCACCACCAUCACCACCAUCAACCUUUGAGCCACCACUAGCUUCAACCAACGACUCCAUUGAUUCUUCUUCUUCACGCCGCGUUCGUCGUCGUGUCGAAAAGAGUGAAAUCAUCCCGCCACCAUUCCCAUGGGCCACCGACCGUCGCGCGAGGGUAUACACCCUCAGCCACCUCUUGCAAAAUCAAAUCUUUACAAUCACAGGGGAAGUUCAGUGCAAGAGAUGCGAGCGGAAAUUCGAGAUGGGAUUUGAUUUGAAGAAGAAUUUCAGCGAAGUUUCGAGCUUUAUUGCGAAGUAUGAGUGCACCAUGCAUGACAGGGCACCCACAAUUUGGUUGAACCCAAAGUUGCCAACUUGCAAACACUGUGGACAAGAGAACAGUGUGAAACCUGUGAUGGCUGAGAAGAAACGAUCAGUUAAUUGGUUGUUUUUGCUGCUGGGGCAAAUGCUGGGUUGCUGCACUCUUGAGCAGUUGAGAUAUUUCUGCAAACACACCAAGAAUCAUCGAACUGGUGCCAAAGAUCGUGUUCUGUAUCGUGCUUAUGUUGAAUUGUGCAAACAAUUGUGCCCAGAAUGGCAUUUUUAUUAG